CGCACCUUCUGGGACACCUCGCAAACCAAGCAACAGCGAAGCAAAGACUCAUUCAUCGUUACGUCGCAUCGUUUGUGGCAAGAUCCAGCGCAUUGCAUCUCCCGACGCCUCUCCGAUAUGUCAAUGAAGACCGACCCAUCAUCGCCGGUGCACGGGACAGAGAAGGAGCUUCGGUCCCUCCUCCACGAGAUUGACGGCUUCCAUGGCGACUCACAGGGUGAGCAGGCACACACACACACAAAGGGGGAGGGGGGAGGGGGAGGCAUGGUGAUCUGUCUGUCGAGAGAGAUCUUGCGAGGGGCGGAUCUGUGCGCGUGCAUCGGUUGCAGGUCUGAAGCGACUCCAGGGCAUGGUCAACAAGAUCGACAGCUCACGGUUCGCCGCUCGCUGAGCGAGGGGGGAGCCGGGAUCUUGUCUCACUGUCGUGUGUUGCAUGUCUGUGUGUGUAUGUGUGUGCAGGGUGAACGGUGUAUUCGGCUGGCAGGAUGGUCAGGACCCGCCCGAGGGCCAGGCUGUGCUCCACGCCCUGCUCCACGAGUGCUAUCGCAAAGUGAGUCUCCGCAGCCACCGGACAUGCCACACACAGCCCGCACACUCUCUCUCUCUCUCUCGCUCUGCGUGUGUGUGUGUGUGUGUGUGUGUCCGUUGUGUUGCAGGUCAAGGGCAAGUUGGACCUGCUGGACAUGGUGGAGCAGGAGGAGCUCGACCCAGCACUGCUGCCUAUCAAACACGACAUCGAGGGAGUCAUCAAGUCACUCAAGGUGGGUCACGCAUCACGGCUCAAUGUAUGAGCCAACGCAAAAAGAGCCUGUGUCUGUCGUCCGUUCAGGCGGUUGAGAACCCCACGGAAGAGCUGCCAAGGAUCCAGGGACGGCUAGACGCCAUCGACAGCAAACGGUAGGCGGACACACACACACACACACACACACAUGCACCAUGCAGAGAGAGGGACAGAUCGCACUGUGUACUGCGUGUGGGCGUGUGUGUCAUGGCUCAGGGUGAAUGGCAUCUUCGGCGACCCCAAGAACAUCCUGCCGGGUCAGGCGGUGCUCCACGACCUGCUCAACGAGGCGUACUCGACCGUACACCAGCUGCAGGCGCGGAACUAAACACACCCUCACUGACUACAUACGUCCACACACCGAACCGAACCACCACACUGACACAUACAUAUCUGUUUCCGUGCCACUGACUGACUGACUGGAUGAAUGGAUGGG